UGUAAUACUUAUUACGUUGCUUCUAUUCAUUCAUUUGGCAGACUCCACAGCUUGUGUAAAACAGUAGCAAUGACUGUAGGUCUUGAUGAGAGGAAGAAUUUUAUUUUGUCCACUGCAGGGAACUAUUUUCAACAAUCUUCCCCAUCUGACCAAGAUGAAGGCUUGUGGAAGAAUGAUUUCUUGAACGACUUCCUUGAAGACGCAGGCUGUUUUAUUCUGACGGUGCAGAGCAAGGAAGAUUCUAGCCUAUGUUUCAGCAACAAGCUGCCACCUGGCGAGGGAAAGGAGAUAGUCCUGGUGUUCUUCAAAAUCCGACCUGAAGCAGUGACCGAGGAGAACAUGCGUCAAACCGUGUUCGUAGUCUCUAUGCCGGACUCUCCCGUAGUGGCACUCUAUUACACCGUACAGCGGAUAUUCGCUCCAACUCUUCUAAAGGACGAACAGCUGGAGCCAGGGUGUGGACCCAAGGCUACAGUCGAUGUUGACGGAGUUGGAGGCAAGUCUGCGCUGUGUGGUGCUGCGUACACAAGACCAGUCCAUCUCUCCUUCAGCCAGCCUAGCUGGGACAGGGAAAAAGAGAGGCAGAGGAAAUUCAGAAAACAACUAGUCAAAGGACUAGUUGGUAAUGUAAGAAACUCGAAAAAACGGGGAAGACCGUCAGACAUGCAAGAUGACGAAAGACUGAACGAGAUUAUGACUGUGGAGGACGAGCUGCAGUUUUGGAAAGGAUGUUGGAACCAGGCGAGAAAGAAAAUUGACCAAGAACGAGCUAAAGGUUUUACAGAAGCACUGGAGCCGUUAGCUACAGCCUUCAGGCAGCUGGACAGGAUGGAAUUACCAGAGGCUGAGGAUGUGCUGGAGACAGCGCACGUGGUGCUGGACGAUCUCUGGAAGCUGGACGAGUUCCAGUACCCACAGCAGAGGAUGGAACAUCUCAUGGAGGUCAUUGGUAAAACUGUAACGCGGUUCAUACAACAGAAAACAAAGUCGGAAAACAUUUGGGAAGGAGAUUUUAUCGAAGUGGAAGCCAAACUGUUGAUGUGUCUCGGCUCGUGUAACAAGUGGAUCCAGACCUGCGAGCGACUCACCACACUGUUCUGGCCCAACUAUUCACUUCACCGAUGGUCCGGUCUCUGCCCUACCGGCCCGUACACAUUUCUAGAUUUUACAUGCGACUUGAAGAGAGUAAUUUAUGAACACCCUGUAUCACGUUUGCAAUUCCACGUGUGCUCGAUCACAAUGAUUUUGAACAUACGCACGGUGGACAGACAGCUGACUAAGUUGCUUUCUCCAACAGAACAAGCCCAGUUAGAUACUUCUGCCAAUUUUAACCCAUUCUCAGGUGUGAAUGCUGUCCAGUACAACCCGUACACAGAGCCGAUGUGGCAAGCCGCAGUGCGCCAGUUCGAACUACACAUCCAGCCUGCGGAAGAGAGGGUCGCUGCCAAACUCAAGCAUCAGCUCAGAAACGCCAAUCUGAACACACUUCAGUUGAUGGCCGAGUUUAAGCGGUAUCAAGAGGUGAUGCAGCGUCCGGCGAUACAGAAGGCGCUGGUGGCAGAGAGGGAAACCCUGUUAUCUCAGCUACAAGACUAUGUAGCCAGUGUUCAAGUAGAACCGGAUGACUCUCACCUGCGUCUGGUGGACAUGCCCCCAGUGGUCAGCAGACUCUACUGGGUGCGACAACUUGAGGCUAAGAUAAACGAAGUAGACAAACUGACAGAGGCGAUCCUCAGCGACCUUGGCGGAUUCCCUGUGAUGAAGAGGGCCCUCGACCACCUGAAGGAUGAACUGAAGGCUUACCACACAGAACAGUUUGACACCUGGACCAGGGACACUGGAAACGCUAUAAAAAACCGAACCUUGGGGCUGAAGACAGAUGAGCCGGUAGUCCAUUUCGAGCAAGGCAAGCUGAUGCACGUAAACUACAACCCUGCGCUGGUGGGGCUGGUGCAGCAAGUGAGGCAGAUCUCAGUGAUGGGCUACAGUGUGCCCCUGCCCAUCCAGGAUGCAGCCGAGCUAGCCAGGCAGUUCAUGAUACAAGCUCGGGCAUUGCAGCAGGUGGCCACUUUCCACAACACCAUAGGUGACAGAAUGAUCGCGUCCCAGCGGCCGAUGAUGCUGGCCGCAGCCAUGGAGCUGGCGCAGCUGGUCAGGGAGCAGCACACCGUAACCUGGAGCAACACCACUGCCGUGGACACGUACAUCAGCAAGCUGCAAGCCACCGUGGAUCGGCUGUACCGUGAGAACAAUCGCCUUGCACUCUACCAUGGGCAGAUAGCCGACAAGGUCGUUGUGCUGAUGAGCACAGAUUUGCUGAGGUACCAGCAGCAUUGGAAGGACGGGCUAAGGGAGAUCCGGGAGUUGAUGGCUACUGUAGAAACCCAGUUCAGCAACAUGAAAUCCUGGAGGGUCCACUGGGACCAUCAAAUAUACAAGGCUCUGGAACACCAAUAUCAGCUUGGGCUGGAGGCUUUGAACCAACAUAUGCCUGAGAUCAAGGUGGAUAUUGUCUACAGACAGCAGAGGCUGCAGCUAAGUCCUCCUCUAGAAGAACUCCGCAUGAAGUACUACGGACAACUGAAGCGCUUCAUGAGCAUUCCUCUCAGUUUCCGCGGAGUCUGUGACACAUCUAUCUUCCCGUCAAUCGUAGAUCACAAUGCGCACAGAUUCGCUCGAGUGUACAAACGAGCAGAGCAACUGUUCGAGCGUCUGUCCGCGGCCUGCGCUGAGUGGGAGGACUCCGUGGCUCUCGGCUCUGUGGACCUGGACAGUCUCUGCAGACAACACUUGACCACUGCCAACGACUGGGACGUUAACUUCCGAGCAUCCAAGGCUUGGAGCCAGGAAAUCGCCAAACUCAUAACGUCAGAGAGAAAGAUAGACUGCUUCACGCUGAAUGUGGGUCCUGUCUGUAAUGAGAUCGAGGCACACAAUCGCAGGUACUGGGACACGCUCGCCAGCAGCCUGUACGCGUCAGUGCUUGCUGAUGUGGCAAGUGUCGACAAGUUCGUGCAGGAAGCGCGCCGCACACUUCAGGUACAACCGCAGUCGCUGGAUCAGGUGGGGGAGGCCCACACUCACUACAUCGAGAUCACACAGAAGGCUCUACAGAUGCAAGAGGUCGUGGAGGAGGUCCAGAGAAAGAACAGGACUCUCGCCAGCUGGACCAAGGAGAAAAUAGAGCAAGUGUCCACUCUUACAGUGACUUGGGACAACUUUCAGUCGCAGCUGAGCAAUCAGCAGUACCUCAUUGGCAAACAGGUGGAGACGAUGAAGAACAACCUGAUGGCCAGUGUGGACAGUAUGGUGGCAGAGCUAGAGAGAUUCCAGUUGUGUUGGGAUCAACUGAAACCCAAAGAGGACUGUCUGACUACCAGCGACAUGCUACAGAGCGGUCUGGCAGCAAUACGGACCAAGCGAGCUGAAUGGGAUGUUCUGGUGGCGGCUGCCGAGAAACUCAGAGAUGAUCACAGCCAGUUCCAGAUGGUGGUGCCAGAGUUCCCGCAGUGUGCGCAGAUAGAGGCGGACCUCAGACACUACGAGGAGACCUGGGCACUGUUCGACAGCUUUAACACUGACAUUACGGAGAUGGCCAAGGAAGAGUGGAUAGUGUUCCGUGGCAAGAGCCAGACGAAGAUGUUGAAGUUCAUUGAUGAGUGGACGGAGAAGUUAGGGGAGACUCAGACAACAGCGCUGACGGUGAGGCUGCUGCAGGAGUUGGAGCAAUACAAGGAAAUGGUGCCAGCCCUGAAGUUACUCAAGGGAGAGGUUUUCAGUGAAAAACACUGGGUGGAGUUGUUCAACAUCAUUAAAGCUCCUUUCAAGCCCGUGGACCUUCUCACCUUCUCUGAUUUCCUUGAAGUUCGAGAGAACAUCAAAGCUAAUAUGGAUAAUCUUCAAGAGCUGAAUAGCAGGGCUGCCAGCGAAGUCGUGAUCAGGCAGGCUUUGGCGGAACUGGACAUCUGGGAGGUGGAGGCCAAGUUCUCUGUAACUGCCCACAUAGACUCCAGAGGCAGCACCUUACACCUUAUUAAACAUUUCACUGAUAUCAUGAGCAAGGUGGGAGACAACCAGUGCUUGUUGCAAUCCAUCAAAAGCUCUCCCAACUACGCCAACUUCCAGGACAGAGCCAGCCUCUGGGAGACCCGGCUGGCCGACUUGGAUAGCUUCCUGCGCAACCUCAACCUGAUACAGCGAAAGUGGGUGUACCUGGAGCCGAUAUUCGGUAGCGGAACACUGAAGAUUGAGCGCGGCAGGUUUGAGCGCGUGGACCGUGACUUGCGCUUGAUCCUGGGUGAUCUGAGCGCAGCGAACUACAGAGUGGUCAGCCUGUGCAGAGUCCCUCACCUCCACAACACUCUGCAGGUUCUGCUGCAGCAGCUCACACACUGCCAGAAGAGUCUGCUCGACUACCUGGAGGAGAAGCGGUUAAGAUUUCCGCGGUUCUACUUCCUGGGAGACGAGGACCUGUUGGAGAUCCUGGGCCAGGCCAACAAACAACACGUCAUCCAAUCUCACCUGAAGAAACUCUUCUCUGGAAUCCACACCGUCGUCUUCAGGGAGAAUACAAUCACCGCCAUGAGGUCGCUUCAGGGGGAGACUGUGGAGUUGUCUUCUGCCGUAGAGGUCACACAGGACAUUGAGGAAUGGCUGAGUUGCCUCAGCAAGGAGAUGAAGAAUACGCUAAAACAGCUGGUAAAGAAGUGUAUGCAGUCUCCGGACCCUGUGGAGUACCCGUCGCAAGUGUUGUGUCUGGCCGAGAGAGUCUCCUUCACAUCUCGCUGUGAGAAAGCUAUACAGUCUGCGACUCUCAGAGAACUCCAGGCGGCUCUCAAGAACCAGUUGGAACUGUACACCAAGUAUCAGUUGGACUCCAUCAGCCAAGGGGACACAGACUCGGCUGUCCUCGAGUUGAAACUGAAGGCUCUGCAGCUGGAUGUAAUAUACCACUUGAGCGUUGUAAAGGAGCUCCUGGAAUCUGGAGUCUCCAGUCUGGAUGAUUGGCACUGGCAGCGUCGUCUCAGGUUCUACAUGAGACAAGACGGGCUGGUCGUUGCCCGGAUGGUGGACGCGGAAUUUGUCUAUUCGUAUGAGUACCAAGGCAACGCUGCCAAGCUCGUCCACACCCCUCUCACAGACAAAUGUUACCUUACCUUGACUCAGGCCAUGAGCAUGGGUCUCGGAGGGAAUCCCUAUGGACCAGCAGGCACGGGCAAAACAGAGUCCGUCAAGGCUUUGGGAGGCCUGUUAGGUCGCCAGGUCCUUGUCUUCAACUGUGAUGAGGGUAUCGACGUGCAGUCUCUGACUCGCAUCCUGGUGGGGCUUGUCAAAUGUGGAGCCUGGGGAUGUUUUGAUGAGUUCAACCGCCUGGAGGAGGCUACUCUCUCAGCGAUAUCCAUGCAGAUCCAUCCUAUCCAGGAGGCAUUGCGUAACGCUGCACCUAGUGUGAACCUGCUAGGACAGGAGGUUGCAGUGGACAGCAAUACGGGAAUAUUUGUGACCUUGAACCCAGCUGGACAAGGGUACGCUGGGAGGCAGAAGUUGCCUGACAACCUGAAGCAGCUGUUUCGUCCAGUAGUGAUGUCCCGGCCUGAUGACACCCUGAUAGCACAGGUUAUCCUGCACUGCGAAGGCUUCCGUCACGCACACGUCAUCGGAGCCAAACUGGUGAUCCUUUUCGACUUGGCGAGAAAGCUACUAUCCAAACAGCAACACUAUGACUGGGGUCUGCGAGCUCUCAAGACAGUAGUGGGCGGAUGUGGCAGUGCCCUCAGAGAUGCAAGACUCAGCAAUGCAGACGUUGACUCUGUGCAGAGCGAGAUGACACUGGCAGUGAGGGCCUUGCGCCUCAACACUCUUUCCAAGCUGACUGCCUCCGACUGUCACAGUUUCGACGGUCUGGUGGCAGACAUGUUCCCUGGAGUAGCGUUCGAAUCCAACACUCAUGACCAACUCACACAAGCCCUCCGGGACACGUGCCAAGAGUUAAACUUGGUCUACAACUCUCGUCAGGUGCGUAAAUGUGUAGAACUCCAUGAGCAGUUGAAACAGAGAAUGGGCGUAGUGGUUGUGGGACCCUCGGGUUCCGGCAAAUCCUCUCUCAUAAAACUUCUGAGAAAUGCUCUAGGCAAAAUGGGUGUGGUGGUGAGGCAGCACACUAUCAACGCCAAGGCUCUGUCUCAUACUCAACUGCUGGGUAGUAUAGACCUGGACACCAGACAAUGGGUGGAUGGAGUAUUAAGCACUACAGCUCAGGCUGUCUACUCACAACCCACAGAUGUGGAAUGCUGGAUAGUGUUUGACAGCGAUGUGGAUCCAGAAUGGGUGGAGUCACUGAACUCUGUGUUGGAUGACAACCGGCUGCUGACUCUGCCCUCUGGUUGGAGGAUACAGUUCGGUCCAAAUGUUCACUUUCUGUUCGAAACCCACGACCUGAGUCACGCCUCUCCUGCAACCGUCUCACGCAUGGGCAUGAUCCUCCUCAGUUGUGAUGACGUGGAUCGGAAGGACCUGGUGGAAGCUUGGUUGCUCUCUCAAUCUCCAGACAUUGUAGGCAUUCUCAGCCAGUACAUUGACGAGUAUUUCUAUCAAGGUGUGGACUGGGUGCUGGAGCAAGGCCAGAUGGUGGUGCCUAGUUCCCCUGUGGCCUUAGUGAAGAGUGGUCUGUCGCACAUGGCUGGUGUUGUGACUAGGGCUCAGUUCACCGUUUCCUUGGUCAACGGGUUAGCCACUAACCUGACGGAUUCCAGCAGGCAGCUGUUUUGCAAGCAGGUUUUGGAAUGGACAGGGGAGUUCAUGGCUGCUUCACCAUCAGCAGACUGGAUGCAGUAUGAUGAACGCCGUGACUGCGUUGAUGUGUUCACGGACCAGGGUUUGGUUGAGGGCCAAGGACUCGUACUGACAGCUCAGCUCUGCUUUGCAGCGAAUGUCCUUAGUUCCUGGCUGCUCACCCACAGACCGUUUAUCCUUAUUGGGCCUCAUGGGUGCGGAAAAAGUUUGCUGCUGGACCAUUGUUUCUCCAAGCUGCGCAGUGUAGAAGUGGCCACCGUGCAUUGCAGUGCCCAGAUAUCUCCUCAUCACAUUCUACAGAAGCUGUCUCAACUCUGCAUGGUCGUGACCAGUAGCAGUGGGAGAGUCUAUCGUCCAGCUCGCACAGAACAUCUUAUCUUACAUCUGAAGAACGUUAACUUGGUCACCAGAGACAAGUGGGGUUCCAACAUGCUGAUGGCCUGGCUGCAACAGGUGUUGACCUACGGAGGUUUUUAUGACACAGACCUGGAGUGGGCCGGCCUGGAGGGGGUUCAGUUUGUAUUCAGCUUAUCCUCCAGUGAGGCCAUCAGUCCUCGGUUCUUGGCUCUGAACCUCGUCUACAGCCUCAGUUGUCCAGGCCAAGCGGAGCUCAAGACGAUCUACAGAGAGAUGACCAGAUCUAUACUGCCAACCAGCAAGAACACUAAGAUGGCCUCCACCCUGGCUAAUACCAUGGUCAACAUUUACUUAGAGAUCCAGCAGAAGUUGAGCGGCUCCCAGCACGUCCACUAUGUGUUCACACCUGCAGAUCUGACCAGCUGGUGUCACGGUCUGCUCAGAUAUCCUCUGUCAGACAACCAGUGUGUUAUUGAGGUGAGUGUCCCAGCACGUCCACUAUGUGUUCACACCUGCAGACCUGACCAGCUGGUGUCACGGUCUGCUCAGAUACCCUCUGUCAGACAACCACACGUCCACUAUGUGUUCACACCUGCAGACCUGACCAGCUGGUGUCACGGUCUGCUCAGAUAUCCUCUGUCAGACAACCAGUGUGUUAUUGAGCACGUCCACUAUGUGUUCACACCUGCAGACCUGACCAGCUGGUGUCACGGUCUGCUCAGAUAUCCUCUGUCAGACAACCAGUGUGUUAUUGAGGUGAGUGUCCCAGCACGUCCACUAUGUGUUCACACACCUGCAGACCUGACCAGCUGGUGUCACGGUCUGCUCAGAUAUCCUCUGUCAGACAACCAGUGUGUUAUUGAGGUGAGUGUCCCCAGCACGUCCACUAUGUGUUCACACCUGCAAAACCUGACGAGCUGGUGUCACGGUCUGCUCAGAUACCCUCUGUCAGACAACCAGUGUGUUAUUGAGCACGUCCACUAUGUGUUCACACCUGCAGACCUGACCAGCUGGUGUCACGGUCUGCUCAGAUAUCCUCUGUCAGACAACCAGUGUGUUAUUGAGCACGUCCACUAUGUGUUCACACCUGCAGACCUGACCAGCUGGUGUCACGGUCUGCUCAGAUAUCCUCUGUCAGACAACCAGUGUGUUAUUGAGCACGUCCACUAUGUGUUCACACCUGCAGACCUGACCAGCUGGUGUCACGGUCUGCUCAGAUAUCCUCUGUCAGACAACCAGUGUGUUAUUGAGGUGAGUGUCCCAGCACGUCCACUAUGUGUUCACACCUGCAGACCUGAGUGUCACGGUCUGCUCAGAUAUCCUCUGUCAGACAACCAGUGUGUUAUUGAGGUGAGUGUCCCAGCACGUCCACUAUGUGUUCACACCUGCAGACCUGACCAGCUGGUGUCACGGUCUGCUCAGGUAUCCUCUGUCAGACAACCGGUGUGUAUUGAGCACGUCCACUAUGUGUUCACACCUGCAGAUCUGACCAGCUGGUGUCACGGUCUGCUCAGAUAUCCUCUGUCAGACAACCAGUGUGUUAUUGAGGCUCUGCUGUACGAAGCCAUGAGACAGUUUGGGGACAAGCUUGUCUCAGACCAGGAUAGACAGACUGUUGCUGAAAUACUGUCUCAGGUCCUGGACCGGGAGUUCAACCUUCGAGUCGGCUUUGAGCCCCUUAGAGAUGUGCUGUUUGUCAGCGAGCCACCAGGGACUCUGGACGGCCCCAUGUUGAGAGUCACCACAGCCGAUGGCUCCUCUAUUGUAGAAAGGACUCUCAACCAACUUGGACAAAACGACGUGCUGGUGUUGCCGGAGCUGGUGCAGCUGGUGGCGAGAGUGGGGAGGGUGCUGAGCGCAAGUGGUGGACACCUACUUCUGGUGGGGCGAGCCGGGGUGGGGCGCAAGACAGCUGUCAAUGUGGCAGCAGCUCGCCAGGGAGCUACAGUCCACUCGCCCAACCUCACUCACUCGUACUCUAUCUCUCACUUCAAGACUGACCUUAAGAAUGCGAUGCAGUUGGCAGCAGUGGAGGGGGAACAGGUCUACUUAGUACUGGAGGACUAUCAGCUGAUUCAUGCAGAGUUCCUGGACUUGAUCAACAGCCUACUAUCUUCCGGAGAGGUCCCCGGUUUGUACCAAGCGGAAGAGCUGGAGGCUACAGCUGCCGUUUUGAAGGAUGCAGCUGCUCAGACCAACUUUGAUGGGAACAUCUCUCAGUACUUUGCCUCAAGAGUCCAGAAGAAUCUGCAUGUUGUGCUUGUGCUGGAAUCCAACCACGACAACUUUUCGAGCUACUGUCUUCAGAACCCUGCCUUGCUCAAGUGUUGCACUGUUCUUUGGGUGGACAACUGGUGUCAAGAUACCAUGGCUUCGGUUCCUCGCACUAUGAUUUCAAAGUUAAAGGGCCCAGUGAGUGAUGACAUGUUCAACCUGGUCGACAUGUUCAGACAUGUUCACGUCAACUGUUCAGAUGUCUCUGAGUGCUCUCCCCGUCGGUUCCUUUCCUUCGUCCAGUUGUACCUCCACAUCUACGAGUCCAGGGUUACCAACAUUGUGGAUACCCAGGCCAAGCUGCAGGCAGGAGUGUCGAAGUUGACGGCAGCCAGACAGAUGGUGGACACACUCAAGCUGGAAGCUGCCCAACAAGGGAAGUUACUGGCCGAGAAGCAAGCCAAGGCCACGGCCGCUCUGGAGAUGAUCACACAGACGAUGACUAAUGCCAACGCACACCGUGGCGACAUGGACCAACUCAAGAUCCAAACCGAGAAGGAGAACAACAUGCUUCAAAUCAGGAAGAAAGAAAUAGAGGCGGAGUUGGCUGAGAUCGAGCCACUGAUAGAGGAGGCGAGAGCUGCGGUGGGGAACAUCAAAUCCGAGUCUUUGUCCGAGAUCAGGAGCCUGCGGGCACCACCAGAGGUGAUUCGGGAUAUCCUGGAGGGGGUCCUGAGACUGAUGGGCAUCCAGGACACGUCAUGGAACAGCAUGAAGACCUUCCUGGCCAAGCGAGGCGUCAAAGAAGACAUCAGAUGUUUCGAUGCACGCAACAUCAGUCCAGACAAUCGGGAGAGUGUGGAGGUGCUGUUGUCUGAACGGAGGGACUCUUUCAACGCCAAGACCGCAAAGCGAGCAUCACAAGCCGCUGCCCCCCUGGCGGCUUGGGUCACGGCCAAUGUCAAGUUCUCCCAUGUGCUGGAGAAGAUCAGACCACUGGAAAGGGAGCAGGCUAACCUGCACAGGAACUUGAAGCUGGCGGAGGAGCGGAUCGACCAGCUGAGCAGUGGCCUGCAGGAUGUGGACAAGACUGUGGCAGAGCUAAAGGACAGACUGAACCGGUUCACCAGGGAGGCUGCAGAGAUAGAGAUACACUUGUCGCAGGCCCAGGAGACCAUCUGCGGUGCUCAGAACUUGGUACAUAAACUGGACAUGGAGUAUUCUCGAUGGCAAACUCAGUUGAAUGAGCUUUCUGAAGGACUGAGUCAUCUGCCACAACAUUGCCUCCUUGCUGCUGCAUUUAUCACGUACCUAUCUGCUGCUCCCCAGGAUCUCAGGAGGCAAAAGAUAGAGCAGUGGUGCCAACUGACAGGAUUGUCACAGUUUUCACUAACCCAGUUCCUGAGCUCAGAGACACAGCAGUUGCAGUGGCAGUCGCAAGGUCUGCCUGCUGACCAAUUGUCAGUCGAAAACGCCAUCAUCAUAACCACGCUAUCUCAAAUGGAUUCAGUGAGCAACCAGAAGGUGUAUGUCCUGGACCCGUCCUCCGCUGCAGUCACGUGGCUCAGGAACUGUCUGGCUGAGGACAAUGUGGAGGUCGUGUCUGCCUCCAGUCCUCGGUUUCAUACCACCUUCGACCUUGCUGUCAGGUUCGGCAAGAAACUGAUCAUCCAGGAUGUGGACAGCGUAGAAGCUACGGUGUAUCCUGUAUUGAGAGGUGAUAAGGUACAGCAAGACGGGAGGAACAGCCUGAGAGUGUAUCAUGUGUCUCGCAGUGCACUACCCCUAACAGAGCCCCACAUAGCUGCAGUAUUGUGUCAGGUCAACUUCACAACCUCUGCUGCAAGUCUCACCCAGCUUGUACUGACUGAGAUUAACUAUGGGAGGAACAGCCUGAGAGUGUAUCAUGUGUCUCGCAGUGCACUACCCCUAACUGAGCCCCACAUAGCUGCAGUAUUGUGUCAGGUCAACUUCACAACCUCUGCUGCAAGUCUCACCCAGCAGUUGGUACAAGCGGCACUGUGCCAGGAGAAACCUCAGCUGGAGAUUCGCCGAGGGGAGCUGUUACGGAGAGAGGAAGAGCUGAAGAUGUCACUGCACCAGCUGCAGGAAAAUGUGCUGCAAGAACUGGCCAAUGCCACUGGCGACAUACUGCAGAACAAGGAGCUGUUGGCCUCCCUGAAUGAGACCAAGCGCAGCAGCAGCGCCAUCUCCGAGUCUCUGGAGGAAUCGGCUCGCCUGAAAGCUGCGCUGCAGAGUGAAUGUGACAUGUACCAGGGGCUGGCAGAGUUCGGCAGCAGGCUCUACUUCGCCAUCAGUGACUUGUCUCGUCUGAACCACAUGUACCAGUUGAGCAUCGGUGCCUUUCUUGCCCUGUUCCAGCGCACUGUUGGCAACCCUGCUCCGGACGAAGCAGCCUGGAAGCUGAGUUUACUACAGCAUGUUUACUUGUACAUGGCCAGAGCUGUGUUCAAGGAAGAUACAUUGACCUUUGCCCUUCACUUAGUUCACAACAUGUGUCCUUCACUGUUCCAGCCUGGCGAAUGGGAACUGCUGAUUGGUCAAGCUGUUGUAUCCAAGGACCUCAGCAAUACACCCGGUACAGUGCCGGCCUGGGUACCGACGGACCGUGCCAGUGCCGUGCUUCACCUACAGAACACUCUACCACAGUUGUCCAGCCAGCUGCAACUGGAACAGGAGGCAGGAUGGAGAAUGUUUCCCCAGUCUGAUCCUCCAGUCAACAUCUCCAGUUUCCAGAGAGUACUCCUGGUGCAAGCCCUAAGACCUGAUCUACUCUAUUCAGCUCUCUCCAAGUUUGCCCUCCAGGCCCUAGGUCUGGGCGUGUUGUCACCACCACCCCUGCGCCUGAACCAGCUGCUCUCGGAGACCAGAGCCACGGAACCAGUGCUGAUACUGAGCCGGGCUGGUACCGAUCCAUCCCAGGAGUUGCGGCAGUUGGCGCAGACCUCACACCGGCAGUACCAUGAGGUGGCCCUGGGAGAGGGCCAGGAGACUCUGGUGUCCUCCAUGUUGUCUGAGGCUGCUAGAGAUGGACAGUGGCUGUGCCUCAAGAACUUGCACCUGAUGAGCAGCUGGCUGCCGGUGCUGGAGAAGCAACUGCUGAGUCUGUCUCCUCAUCAGGACUUCAGACUUUGGUUGAUGUCUGAGCCGCAUGCCAAGUUUCCGUUGAUGCUAGUCAUGGCUUGUCUGAAAGUUACUUACGAGGCUCCACGAGGGAUAAAGCGAAACCUGCUGCGGACGUACUGCGCCUGGGAGACUCAAGCUGAAGUUGUGCAGGCGCAGUUCGUUCUUGCAUGGUUCCACGCGGUGGUACAAGAGCGGCGCACCUACAUCCCCCAGGGCUGGGUCAAACUGUACGAGUUCAACGAUUCCGAUCUUCAGGCUGCACUUCACGUCCUCAAACAGCGGCUCAAGAAAGAUGGACGACACACACGCUGGCAGUUUAUCCAAGGGCUGGGAGAGUCCGCAAUAUACGGCGGCCGGGUGGACAAUGUGUACGACUUGCGAGUGUUGUCAGCUUACCUGCAGUCCUACUUCAACACCAACACUCUCUCGGACAACGCCCCGUUGGCUCCCGGCAUCUAUGUGCCUCGCUCUACGAGUUACCAAGAACACAAGAAGGCUAUAGAGAAGCUUCCAGACCAAGACUCUCCGUCUUUCUUUGGCCUUCCAGCCAACGUGGACAGGUCCUGGCAGCGCAUCACAAGCUCGGCAAUCAUAGACAAACUUAAAGUGCUGGCCUGCUGUGUCCAAUCCCCCAGCAACUUGGACAGACUAGCCUGGCAGGAGCUUCUGUCACCUACCCUCAACUUGUGGAGGAAACUCAACCAGAACCCUAGUUACAUCAAAAUGAAGUUGCCGGAGCCCCGGUCGGACCUGCCACCUGUUCUGAUGUUCUUGCAACAGGAGUUCCGCUUCGGAGUUUUACUGGUGCAGACAAUCCAUCAGGCGCUGUCAGCCGUCACUAGAGCGAUCAAGGGGGCAGUGUCCCCCUCGCCCUCCACACUGCUGUUAGUCAACUCUCUCAUACUCGGCAAGAGCCCUGAGGCAUGGACCAAGACAUGGGUCGGCCCCAGCAGCAGUGUACAGUAUCUACAGGGUGUGAUGGCUCGAGUGUGUGCUCUAUCUGACCUCAAGGACAACUUCACAUCCACGAUUGAUUUGGCCAGUCUGUUCCACCCUGACAUAUUCUUCAGUUCCCUUCGUCAUCAAGCCUCGAGAGAGGGUCAGGUACCUAUAGAUGAAUUGGAGCAGGUGUGUGAGUGGCACAGUUCGAGGGUGGUGGGGAAUGGCGCUGUCACUCUAGUGGGGCUGCAGCUGGAGGGAGCUUCAGUGAGUGGGGGUGGUCUCAUUGCUAACUCAGCGGACUCGCCUGACGUCACCACAGCACCGGACCUCACUGUACACUGGACAUCACAGGGCAAAGAGGAAGGUUCUGGGGAUAAGAUAGCCAUCCCACUGUAUCUGUCUGCUGCCCGUGAACUCGUGAUUACAGAGUUGAGGAUACCUUGCCGGCCCAGCGAGCACAGCAAGUGGGUAUUGGCCGGCACAGCCUUCUACAUCCGAACCUGAAUGUGACUUUCAUGUUUGUGAAUUAAAUCUAGUCAUUUUGAUCUCAA